GAUAGCUGAUCAGCUUCCCUGGAUUUCGCUGACGCCACAGGAAAGCUUUGCCUGAAGAUGGAAACACUGGAGUCGGAACUGACCUGCCCUAUCUGUCUGGAGCUGUUUGAAGAUCCGCUGCUGCUGCCUUGCGCUCACAGCCUCUGCUUCAACUGCGCGCACCGCAUCCUGGUCUCCCACUGCGCCACCAACGAGCCGGUGGAGUCAAUCACCGCCUUCCAGUGCCCGACCUGCCGCUAUGUCAUCACCCUCAGCCAGCGCGGUCUAGACGGGCUCAAGCGUAACGUCACCCUGCAGAACAUCAUCGACAGGUUUCAGAAAGCCUCAGUCAGUGGGCCUAAUUCCCCCAGCGAGACCCGCCGGGAGCGGGCAUUCGAUAGCAACAGCAUGUCAUCUUGCGAGAAGGUCCUCUGCCAGUUCUGCGACCAGGACCCUGCUCAGGAGGCAGUGAAAACCUGCGUUACCUGCGAGGUAUCCUACUGUGAGGAGUGUCUGAAAGCCACUCACCCCAACAAGAAGCCGUUCACCGGCCACCGUCUUAUCGAGCCCAUCCCGGACUCUCACAUCAGAGGAUUAAUGUGCUUGGAGCACGAGGACGAGAAAGUGAACAUGUACUGCGUGACUGAUGACCAGUUAAUCUGUGCCUUGUGUAAACUGGUCGGACGACACCGUGACCAUCAGGUGGCAGCUUUAAGCGAGCGCUAUGACAAGCUAAAGCAAAAUUUGGAAAGUAACCUCACCAGCCUUAUUAAGAGGAAUACUGAACUGGAAACUCUCUUGGCGAAACUCAUUCAGACCUGUCAACAUGUAGAAGUAAAUGCAUCCCGCCAAGAAACAAAGCUGAUGGAAGAAUGUGACCAGCUCAUUGAAAUAAUACAGCAAAGACGACAAAUAAUUGGAACCAAAAUCAAGGAAGGAAAGGUGGUGAGGUUGAGAAAACUGGCUCAGCAGAUUGCGAACUGCAAACAGUGCAUUGAGCGCUCGACGUCCCUCAUCUCUCAGGCUGAACAGUCGCUGAAGGAGAACGAUCACGCUCGCUUCCUGCAAACGGCUAAAAAUAUCACUGAAAGGGUUUCCAUGGCAACUGCAUCCUCCCAGGUUCUAAUUCCUGAAAUUAAUCUCAAUGAUACCUUUGAUACUUUCGCACUUGAUUUUACCAGGGAGAAGAAAUUGUUGGAAUGCCUUGAUUACCUUACAGCUCCCAACCCACCCACCAUUCGAGAAGAGCUCUGUACAGCUUCUUAUGAUACCAUUACUGUCCACUGGACAUCGGAUGAUGAGUUCAGCGUGGUCUCUUACGAGCUGCAAUACACCAUCUUCACCGGACAAGCUAAUGUUGUUAGUUUAUGCAACUCUGCCGACAGCUGGAUGAUUGUUCCCAAUAUCAAACAAAACCACUACACAGUGCAUGGGUUACAGAGUGGCACUAAGUACAUCUUCAUUGUUAAGGCCAUUAAUCAGGCAGGCAGCAGAAGCAGCGAACCUGGCAAGCUCAAGACAAACAGUCAGCCAUUUAAACUGGACCCCAAAUCUGCGCAUAGAAAAUUGAAAGUGUCUCAUGAUAACUUGACAGUGGAACGUGAUGAAACAUCCUCCAAAAAGAGUCAUACGCCAGAGAGAUUCACCAGCCAGGGGAGCUAUGGAGUUGCUGGCAACGUGUUCAUUGACAGCGGGAGGCAUUACUGGGAGGUGGUUAUAAGCGGGAGUACAUGGUAUGCCAUUGGCAUUUCCUACAAGUCGGCACCAAAGCACGAGUGGAUCGGGAAGAAUUCCGCCUCCUGGGUGCUCUGCCGCUGCAAUAACACGUGGGUGGUGCGACACAACAGCAAAGAAAUCCCCAUCGAGCCCGCUCCUCACCUCCGGCGCGUCGGGAUUUUGCUGGACUAUGACAACGGCUCCCUUGCUUUUUAUGAUGCUUUGAACUCCCUACACCUUUACACUUUUGACAUUACGUUUGGGCAGCCAGUGUGCCCCACGUUCACUGUGUGGAAUAAGUGUUUGACCAUUAUAACCGGCUUGCCUAUCCCUGACCACCUAGACUCCUCCGAGCAGCUCGCGUGACUGCUAAGAGCCGAAAGGUAGGACCAUGUGUAUUCCCAGGAGCUUGCCUGGAGCUGGCAGGCUGCGUGGCAUCCCUGUCAUCACUGCCAAAUCUGGCCAGAACUGAAAAGGGGAGAAUCUCUCUUUACUGUGUAAUUUGUGUGGAAGGACAAGAAAUGGCUUUAAUAAUAUCUUAGAACUUCCUUUUGGAGUUGGUUUUGUUUGGUUGGUUUUGUAUUUAGUCUCUUACAG